GGGAAUCGGCAGCCGUGCGCGCUCCAGUGCAGCCGAACCGGCUUGAAAACGCCGCGGUGGAUCUGUAUUUUUGCCAUCCGCCGCCGGGACAGCGCUAAGGGGCAUUGGUGCGGGCACCGCAGCGAUCUCAUAGCGCAGCCACGCAGCUUGUGUCGCAUCAAGACGCGUAGUGCGUAGUAAGACUGCAAAAAAAGCAGCGCUGUAGCUAAAAAAACGCAAAAAAGAACGAUGUACUCGCGCCUCGGCCGCCCGCGCUGGGGCUCCGUCGCCGCCGUCACCGCGCUCACCGUCGACGCGGCGUCGAUAACGCUCUACUGCGUGCGGCCGCAGUGGUUCGGCGACGCCCGCGUCGCGUUCCGCAAUCCGGAACGGCGGCCGGAGGCCCGACCUUUAUUCGUGGCGGUCGCGUGCUUGGCCGGGCUUCGAGGACUGUUCCACGCCUGGCUCGCCGCGUCCAGACGCGGCGCCGAGUUGCGAAGAGCGACGCUCGAACGGUGCUACGCCGCGCACGCGCUGGCCUGUUUAGUGAUAGCCGUCCUCGCCGCGCUCGCGAAGACAUCAGCAGCGACGCCGGCCAUCCAGCUCCACCGUUUCGUGCUCGUCGUGCUCGGUUUGAUCGCCGCGACGUUCUACCGGUACAGCUGGUCGUUCCUGCAGACGCGGCCGCCCGUCGAACGCGACAUCUUCCUCAUGGCCUCGGAAACCCUCCAGGCGACGCAAGAUGCAUUGAGAAGAAUGCUCUCGACGCACGGCGAAGCGACGUCCUUGAUCGACGUCGAGGCGCAGCCCGACCUGGCGCAGCGGUUUUUGGCGCGCUCUGAGUCCGUCAAGAACUACUGGCGGUCCCAACUGGACACGAUCAUGAGCGUGAACCAAAGGGCGCCGUCGCCGACCCAAGACGACGCUUUCUCACUACUACUAAGGUUGUUCGCCCACGAGGACGUCGUCGAUCAAUUAAGAACGGCCCUCAUGAACGAUCGAACCGCGUUGCUGUUCUACGCGCUCCAGCUCAGUACUUUUGUCUUGUUCGGCGCCUACCGGGACGGCGACAGGAUGCGCGACUUGUUACUCGACCUGUGCGCGUCUGAUUUAGCCUUUGCGCAUCGCGUCGCGUUUUAUUUGAGGGCCUUCGCGGAUUCGUCAGAUCUGUCGCCGGGCCUGAACCUGACGGCAGCGGGCGAGGCGGCCGUCGCCGCUUUAAGUGCGGACGUGGCCCAAGCCACCCAGGCCUUUGCUCGGACGCUGACGCUCGCGGACGCGCUCACAACAAUCAGUUCAGAGUUAUGCGACGUCGAUCGAGACGAGCGCCAGGCCUUCCUUGAAAGUAACUUGAGGAGUCUCGACCAUCGCGUCACGAGCGGCGAUCUGAGCGACGCGGAGCUGGCCGUGGGGGGCUUCUCGAGGAGAGUCGUGCGCGUCCACUUCGGGGAGGCGAGGGCGUUUUCGACCAGAGACCGGUGCCCCUACUUAUGUGUGGUGGAGGUCGUCAGCGAAGCUCCUCCGUCGGAACGAAGCCCUUCCCCGGCGUUCAAUUCCCAUUCCCCCGCGGAAUUGAUAAAGAACGCGCUGCGCGAGGACGAAGCCCUCGGGCAAUGGAAGGCACCGCCCGAGGACUUCUUCGGGACGUUCGGCCCCUCGUCGCCGCCGCCCAGACGGCCGCCCUCUCCCAUACAACAUGGCGAGCCCCUCGCGCCGCGCGUCGCGGCGGAGCUGCCGCCCCAGAAGCCUCCCGUCGUGUUUCGGGAGCGCUGGAGCGAGACGCGCUCUCGAUUACUCCACGCGCGGAACCACGCCUUGGUGCCCAUCAUCGUGAAAGCUAGGGACGACCUGCGCCAGGAGCAGUUCGCCUCGCAACUCAUAAAAGCCUGCGCGCUGACGCUGGACAACGAAAAGGUGCCCGUGCGCUUGCCGGCCUACGACGUCGUCGCGACGGGGCCCGACAGCGGCUUGAUCGAGGCCCUGCCGGAUACGGUGUCGUUGGAUGCGUUGCGGAAGCAUGAUCUGGCAUAUAGCGGUUUAUUGGAUUUAUUCCGGAGGCGGUUUACGACGCAAAAAGCAUUGCAAAAAGCCCGGAAGGUCUUCGUCGAGUCCUUGGCUCCAGCUUGUGUCGUGUCCUACUUACUGCAGCUCAAAGAUAGGCACAACGGCAACAUCUUGCUACAUGCGUCGGGCGCCGUGGCCCAUGUGGACUAUGGUUAUUUGUUAGCCUCGUCGCCAGGAGGAAACAUGGGUUUCGAAGCGGCGCCCUUCAAGCUCACGCGCGACUUUCUCGAGGUCUUAGGGCACGAUUUGUUGCCGCUGUUCCGGGAUUUAUGUCAUAGAACCUUCGUCUGUCUGCGAAGGAAUUCGGACAAACUGUUGUUGCUGGCCGAAAUGGCGGCCGCGGGGUGCGACCACCUGCCCUGCUUCGAUGGGAGGGCGCGCGAAGCGUUGGACGGCCUGAAGCGAAGGUUCCGGCCGGAGUUAUCCGAGAGACAGUGCCGGGCGUUCAUGAACUCGUUAAUUCGGGAGGCGUCGAUGCACUGGCGCACGCGGGCCUACGACGGCUACCAGACGUGCUGCAACGGGAUCUUGUAGGGUCCUGCGACUAACGUGUUGUGUGUGUAUA